UGUCGCUCUUAUGUAGCUAAGCUAGCCUAGCUAGCCCUCAGUGUGCUGUGGGAGUGUGUUGGUGCCUCUGUGGGUUCAAUGGUCUCCUCCUCCAGACUUCGUCUGAUUUGGCGUCAUUUUGUAAACAGUAGGAUGGGAGACAUGGCUUCUAAAGCCCAGAUGCCGACUCCGGAGACAGCGUUGCCUGGGCGGACUGACAGCAUCAAAGUGUCCGCCAAACACGAUGUGAACGGGAACAGGACUGUUCCACCUUUUCCAGAGGGGACAGAGAUGGUCAUGUUUGGCAUGGGCUGUUUCUGGGGAGCAGAGAGGAAGUUCUGGAGACAAAAGGGGGUUUAUUCCACCCAGGUGGGCUACUCUGGAGGAUAUACACCUAACCCCACCUACCACGAGGUUUGCACAGGUAGGACAGGCCACACUGAGGUGGUGAGAGUUGUCUUCUAUCCGGACCAGAUCAGCUUCCCCAACCUGCUCAAAGUUUUCUGGGAAAGCCACAACCCGACUCAAGGGAUGCGUCAGGGGAACGAUGUUGGGACCACAUACCGCUCUGCCAUCUACGCCUACACAAAGCAGCAGCUUGAGGAAGCUUUGGCGUCCAGAGAUCAAUAUCAGAAGGUUCUAACGGAGGAAGGUUUUGGUCCAAUAACAACAGAAAUAACAGAAGCCAAGCCGUUCUAUUACGCUGAGGAUUACCACCAGCAGUACCUGAGCAAGAACCCUGACGGAUACUGCGGCCUGGGCGGGACAGGAGUCUCCUGCCCAAUAGGAAUCAAGCCGAAGUCUUAGAUGGCCAACAACAACCAAGAACCACGUCUAAUCUGUUGAGUGAGGAUGUUAUGGUGGAGAGAUUUUUAAGAUUUAAAAUGCUUACGGAUGCAAAAAGCUUUGGUUUUUAAAUAUGAUCAUAUCAGGUUUUUGUACCUUUAAUGAUGUAUUAAGGUGCAUGAGUGUAAUAUGUAAACUGCCUCACACCUGUGGACUUGAUAAUGCUAAUAUUCCUCAGUCUUAGGACCACGUUUUCCUGCUGAAUCUUCCUGAAAAUAACUACUUUUGGUCAGGACACACUGAUUUUUGUUCAGAAAUGUGAUGACUGUGCUGCAGUAAGGACACACUCCUCCAGCCUGAUGUGACCCAGUGAAACACAACAUAAACUGCAGUUUAGAGGCUGAUACAAGCUGUCAGUCCUCUCAUCUCUCUGCAACUGGUAAUCAUACCAGUGCCUGAACAUGUAUGUAUAUAGACUGUAUUGUAACAGUGAUGCAGCACUUCACAGCCUGGGCAGAUGUGGUACAGUUUCAUAUGUUAGAUACAUGAAACUCUGUAUAAGCUAAUGCACUCCUGUGAGACAGAUGCAUAAAAUGAAGAGAAUGAAAUCUAGUGAAAAAAAAAAUAGUCAGCUCCCACACAGUCUCAGCACAAGAUUUAUUUAAGAAAGCAUUAAAUUUAGUUCUGACAGACAGUGUGUUGUAGUCCUUAUUUCGCUGGCUUUCAGCUGCAGAUGAAAAUAAAGUGUUUUAGCUCAGGUGGCUUCAUAAAUCAUGAUUAUUUAAGAAAGGGUUGCUCUGAAACUGAUGCUGUUUGCUUUUUCAAAAUCCGUUGAGGAAUGAAACAUAUUAAAAGUUGGUGAAA